AUGGAGGCCAGAUCAGAUCAGUUUUCCGUCCUCUCUAAUAAUGGACAUCCUGUCUCUUCCACCCAUACCCCCCAGCAGUGGAUGAACCAGCCGUUCAUCCUUCGUUCUGGUCACCGUGCUCGACGAUUUGACCCUUCUGUGGAUCAACCCACGCUUGCUCAACGAACUGCUGCGUUUCGUCAACUGAAUCGCGUGCCACGGCCGCCUCAGCGCAUACGCCGCCAGACAACCACUCUUGGUAGCUGCUCCCCUCUUCCAUCUCAACCUGUUGUUGUCACGACCUACAUUGCAGAAACCGAGACACGGGGCACAAUGUCACGUCGCGAUUCUCGCUCUGAACAUGGGCCACCCGCCAAACUGCCGCGAGUGCAGGACUUUGGCAUUGAUGGGAUCCUGCGCGCCAUAGAGCCAGAUAUCCAAACCACCCUCGAUGCAAUCGCUGAGAUAUGUGGACGUAGCAAACUCAGCCUUGCCAACGAAUACGGAAGUCAUCGGCCUCCGCUAGGCGAAAUUCGCGCACCAGCUAGACUGGCAGACCAUGGGCUUCUUGCAGUGGAAGAAACCAGCUCGAGCAACGAGCGGUUAGCAGGCGAUAAUGUCAUUAUAGUCGGUGACGAUAUAAGCACGGUUGACGGACGCGAGCCGUACUCAAGAUAUGGUUUACUGGAAAAUAUGCAACCGAAUAUUGGCAGCCUGGACUACCCAAACACCGUGGCUCCUUGGGCUGAAAGUGACACUCAACCCACAACCCUACGCGGGCAUUUACCAUCCACGGGGGAGUCAAGGUCGCAGUCGCAGUCUCGAUCUUCGCGUGGAACCAAAACAAGGCCGUCCUCUUUUCCAUGGGCACUUGUAGGGAAAAGUGCAAAUCACGGAAACCGCGCGAAUCGACAAUCAAUUCAAACCCAGCCACUGAUCUCCGAGGUUUAUCUUGAUGCGGAAGCUGGUGGAACGGCUCGACUCUCAACUGAAACAGACUGGCCCUUUGCGCUGCCAAAUCAUUCUGAUGAGGAGAAAUCAGUUCUCAAACUUGCAGCAGAGAGGCUUUCAAUUGUCACUGAUAUACGAGGAUUACUUGGUUGGUUCAAACACGCUCGUCAGCAAAGAGGUUCUGGUGAGGACGGUGCUUGUCCAACAGCAGAGAGGAAGCUCCGCGAGUUAUUGCAAAAGCAGGAUACACAGUUACUUUCACGGGACGGGGACAAUCGAGUUUUACAUGACGAAGGUGCCUAA